GAAAAUAAAAGGCAGAAUGCUUUGAGCAGCAGGAUUUUGUCGGCUCUAGCACACCAGUAUUCAAGCAAGAAACCUGGAUUAUGAGAGAAGAGAGUGGAAAGAGUGUGAAUCAGCUCAGUCAGUGCCUCAGUGUCUCUCCUGGCUCCUCCAUGCAGCAAGUCAUCAGUGUCUGGGUGCGGGACCCGCGGAUACAAAAGAAUGACUUCUGGCAUGCCUACAUAGACUAUGAAAUUUGCUUACAUGCUGAUAGCGUCUGCUUCACCAAAAAGACCUCAAGUGUGAGAAGGAGGUACAGUGAGUUUGUAUGGCUCAGGCAGAAGCUACAAGAAAACUCCUUGCUAAUGGUACGGUUACCAGUACUUCCCCCAAAGAACCCUUUCUUUAGUCUGAACAAUGCCCAACAGAUCACUGAGCGAAUGAAAGGCCUCCAAAAGUUUUUGGAACAGGUCCUGCAGAGCAAUCUGCUGCUGUCAGACAGUUUGCUGCAUCUUUUCCUGCAGUCACAGCUGAGUGCGUCUAAGAUGCAGGCCUGUGCUUCUGGAAGGACCCACUACUCUGUGGCCCAGGCCAUCCAGCGAUGUGGUCUAAGGAGAUUUCAUUCAGAAGAGGAUCUGCAGAAGGAUCUGAGCACGUCAUGUGACUCUGACUCUGACAGCUCAGAGUGUCGAGAUCCAGAGCCUCAGAUUAAAGAUUUGGCAUUGAACAAAUCAGCAAGUUCAGCUUUACUUGGUCUCAUGGGGACUAGCCGUGAAGAAAACAUCAGCAGCUCAUCGGAGAUUGUAUAAAAACGUCAUCUUCACUUUACUGUGAGAAAUGUUUGAACCUAAGAGGAAUAAAUUAGCCUGUUACCCUGUUGUACUGCACUUUUUAUGCUACAUAGUUGCUCCAAAUUAUUUCACCUGUAAGAAUGAUAAACCUUUGUGUUCUAUUAAAGCAUUUCACUGUGAAAUAUGUAUGGUUAAAGUAAUUUAAAUGUACCUUCUUGUAUGUCCAUAUUUUACCUUUCAGUUCUUUCUGCACAGAUCUUUGGUUAUAGCAACACUCUGCCUGAAGAUGGCAGUGUUGUUACAUCUAUGUAUUUAUGUAUUCACUUAACUCAUGAACAAAUGCUGUAACUGACUAAAUGUAUACCAUAAACAAGCUUGGCAAAAUCA